AUGGAAGCUCGAAAAAAUUUAGAGAAAUCAAUAGCAGAAGGAGUUGCGAAAAAAUCAGGGGAAAGAGAAAGGAAAUUAAGAGCGGCAAACAGGAGAUUAAGAACACAAUUAGAAGUAGAAGGAAAGAUUCCGCCAGACAGCCAUGACAUUGACGAUGAUGAAAGGAGACAAGAGGCAAUUCGAGAAGUUGAGACAUGCUGA